AUGGCGCUCCACAGCCUCCACCGCGCCCACCAGGUGCCGUCUGUUGCAGCGCUAUCAGCACUCGAGUCGGCCCUGGCAAGCUUCCGCAUCUCUACCCAGCCAAGUACCCCUUCAGGACGGCGGAAUGCUUCCCAUCAAGCGCAAGGACGAGCAAACGGCCCCAAAGACACUGCAGGCAAGCGAUUAGGAGCGAAGAAGGCGGAUGGGCAGUACGUGGUGCCUGGAAAUAUCUUGUUCAAGCAGAGAGGCACGCUGUGGUUUCCUGGGGAUGGAUGUUUCAUGGGUCGCGAUCACACUAUCCACGCACAAGUCCCAGGCUACGUCAAAUUCUACACCGACCCCGUCCAGCAUCCCAAGCGCAAGUUCAUCGGAGUAGUCUUUGAGCGCGGCAACAGCCUUCCUCAGCCACACAACGCGGUGCGCCGGCGGAAAUUGGGGAUGCUAGCAUACCAGAUGCCUUCGACCGUUGCCGAACAGACUGCCGGCGAUCUCACAGAUCUGACGCCGUCCUCACCCGCCGAACAGUCCUCAGGUGCAGCUAUUCCAGCCACCAUCGUCCGCGAUCAACCGCAAGAAGCGCGCCAAACGAAGACUAUUCGCACGCGAAGAGACGGAAGAUGGGUUGAGACGACCUUGACACUGCGACCAGGUCACCAAUGGCGACAGGCGAACUGGGAGAUUGGGCGGGCAGCAGAGCGGAGCAAAGCAGCGCGGAGUGUGCGGCCGUUCAAGCCUGGUGAUAGAUUCGCGGCGUGGCGGAAGCGAAAUGCGAGGAUAGCGCGGAACGCGGAGCUGCGGACGAUGAAGAGAGGUGGGAAGAAGGGGGGGAAGGCGAAGAAGUAG